AUGUCUGAUGCCGACCAACUUAAACAGCUCAAAAUCAAGGCUGGAGUUGUUAAGCGUUUGAUUAAGGAGCACGCUUCUUAUCAGAAGCAAGUGGUCAAGGAUGAGGAGAAAGCCGAUAAAAUGGCAGCAGACGCUACUAACGAAGACGAGGAGUAUGCUGCCAAAAAGGCAAAGGAAGUUGCCAGAGAGACAGUCACAAUGGUCCGCGAUGCUCAUGGACGUCUUCAGAAGGCUGUUGCCGAUCUUCAGUCCUUCGUCUCAUCUGGAAACUUCUCCGACGAAUCUGCAGAGUUGGUUGAGGCGAAAGCGCAAUUGGAGGCUGCCACUGCUUCCGCAUAA